AUGGACUCUGUAUCUAUCUUAGAGGCCUUCAAGGCUAUUAGCGACAAAAGGAGUCGCGAAGAAAUCCUGAACGAGCUGGUGGGCAGCCUACGAUCUGAUGAGAUACGGCAAGUGAAAAGCCGUCUCAACAAUAUCAAGCUUCAGUGUGAUGUGGUUGCUGGGUUGCCCCAUGAGAUUGUUACCAUGGUGGUACCGCACCUAAACGUGGAGGACGUCGUUGUCUUCCGAAGAGUCUCGAAACGGUGGAAUGAGAUUUUCACCGAUACUACCGUGGUGCGCACUGCGCUUAGAACUCACACCGGGCAGAAUGUCACCCACUCUGAGUCUCUUGAUGCGUUAAUAAGGAGAAGGUUUAGGGCCGAAAGAGGGUACCCGGCCACCGUGGUCACCAUGCCCCAUGACAUAAGGGGGAAGUGGGAAGCCCUAUUGACUCCCAAUCGAGAGGGACUAGCCAGCGUCCUGGUCUCAGAUACUCUGAUCUCGGCUAUCUCACAGCGAGGGUACUGUCAUGUCUGGAAAUGGCCUACAGGAGAAUUCAAGUCCUUCCGCAUACCCUCUCCAUCCGUCACGCAUCACGUAGCCCAUGGAUCCAAGAUCCUGCUGAGCUUUGAGCACAGUAAGGACUUCUCCGAGGUGGUUCACUUCUGCUUCGAUUCCGGGCUGUCUCGUGCAGUCACAGUCAAGAAUAGUGUGGCUAUUCUCUUUGUGUCAUUACAUGCAAGCGAAGAUCAGUUUUCUUUAAUUUCCGCAUGCAAGACAAGUGGCGAGCCAUUUGAUUAUCGGGAACAGCCACUUUGUCGGGAGGAUCAUAAGUUGCAGGUACAUAAGUUUUCUGUCCACGACAACGAAUUUGUCUGCUCCUGGACGCAGGACCAAGACUUGCCUUGUGGUCGCCACGGAUGGAGGCUUUCAAAAGACAGACACGGAGUUGACAGAGAAUGCCGCCACCCCAGUCAAAGUUCCAGAUUGCUGUGGUCCAUUUACGAAUACACCAUCGAUGACAGCGAGGACGACGAGGACGACGUCUUUUCAUACAAGCCCACAGCCAGAGAAUACUCGUCAGUGCAUCUCUCACUAGAGGCCAACGACCAUAUUACCGUGCAUUGCACCUACCAAGCAGAACAUUCCAACUUCAUCAAUGCCUACCUAGACCGUCCAGGCCAAGGCACGGAGUUAAUGUUUCGCUACACGAAGGGAACAGACGAUCGGAAAUUCCAAGUACACCUUGGUUCUGAAAUCCUGACACGCUCAAGUGCCAGCACCACGAAUGUGCUUUCAUUUAACGUCAAGCGUUGGCUGUUUCCACCGCCCAUCGACGACUGCACUACGAUUGUCGCAGAUGGGGACUUUCUGAUAUUUUGGUAUCGAUAUGACGACAUGUAUAUCUGGUGCUUCGAUGAGAACUGGGAGCCCUCUGGGCCGCUUAAGAAGAAGAACCUUGGACGCAGAUGGCCUAGGAUAUAG